CGAAGCCCGCAUUGCAGUACAUUUGUGGGGAGACUGAAAAUUUGCAACGAAGGGAACAAUUGCAGCAGUACCAUCACAAUUCAGAACGGAGAAGGACGGGCGCGUGGUUGCAUAAUGGGUGCUCAAUGUGCAACUGGACAACAAAUGGUACCACGUCUUCUUCGUUGAGGUUUUGGGUGGUCCCAUGAAGCGAGACGACGGGAAGGCCAUGGAUGACCAAUGCAAGCUAUUCAAAGGUGAGCUCCCAACAUGCACUCGUAAACUACACCCUUCUAAUCACGUUAGCAGCUAUGCAGCUCUCACUCUUCUUCUUGCGAGGAUACCUGAAAGGAACAGGUGUCACUGAAGAAAGACUGGGGGUCUGUGAAUCGUACGGGAUGAUGGUGAACGGGAGCGUCAUUAUGAGCUACCGGAUGUACCGGACCGAUGAUGGGCUCUAUCUGGUGGAUAAGACGUGGGAGCAGGCCAUUCCCACGACGCUAGAAGGAUUGAGCACAGUCACGGAAAUUAUUGAAUGUUUUUUUCUGGACAUCAAGUCACGCAUUGUCGAUAUGCAAAGCCGGCUGAGCAACAUUGUCCAAGAGGCCAAAGCCCGAACGGGAAGGCGGGUGCGGCGUAAGCGGUCAUUUCCCCGCCAAACGGAACCUGCUGUGAUGCCCACUCCAGCAAAGCGCAGAUAAGUACAGCGGACUGAGCUUGGACAUGCAUUGAGGGACAUAUCGGACAAAUGACUGUACGGACCUUGGAGGCAAUUAUAUAGCGAACGGUCUGGUAUGAACGGUCAGCUGUGAAUGGU